AUGGAGGAUCAAGCUUGCGAGAAGUGCAAUAAAACCGAUAAUCGUCCAAUGGUGGCUUGCGACGCAUGCGAAGCCUGGUAUCACAUGGAAUGUGUAGGAGAAUCUCCGGGAGUGGAAAAUCGAUCUUUCGAGUGUCCUAAGUGUACUGUCAAGAAGGAUAAACAAGCAAAAAGGGGGAAUAAGCAGAACGCUCCCGCGCCCUCAAAGCCUUGUAAAUAUCAAACCUCUAAAGGCGCAGUGCCUCCCAUCGAGAGAGAUUCUAAUCUGGAAUUUCCGGUUCCAUCUGAUAACCAAGACAACUCGGAGCGAGCAGAAUUUAUCGGUCAGAACGAAGUGGCAACGAACACAUUAGAAACGGUAGGCGAAAACAUAGUCGAAUGUGGUUUCGAACAUUCCGGGAACCGUCUACGAGAUAAGCUAAAACGGUUGGAGAAUGAAAUGAAGUUGAAAGAAGAACAACUAUCAGAAGAGAGAAUAAUUCAGGAGAAGCGGAUCGAGCUGGAGGCGAAGUUAAUGCAGAAGAGACUGUAUCAGCAAAGGGAGCUGAAACAGAAACAGUUGCAUCACGAACGUCUGAUGUAUCAGAAACAGUUGGAAGAAGAGGCUGAGUUUCAACGUCAACAACAACUCUUACGCGAAGAAUUCUCAAAACUCAAAGGCGAUCUGCGAUCUUCUGAGUCGGAAAAUAAAACGACGGAACCCAGUAAUAGCAAUCCGCAACCUGUUCCUGAGUUACAGGAAACACCAAAACGUAACCCGAAAUUAUCAAAAAUUCCAGUACUCACGCGAACAACGCAGGCACAACAGCAAGACGUUCCAAGUGAGGACGGUUCAUCGUCUACGAGUGAUGCAGACAACGACGAGGAGGAAUUCGAAGAGCUCAAUCCAGUACCGCCCGCAAUUCCAACGCAGACGACAAGAACACUAACUUCGUAUGGGUCGGGGCCAAACAAGGCUCAACGUGCUGCUCGCCAAGUUUUAACGAAAAAACUUCCCGUGUUCACAGGUCGGGUUGAAGAGUGGCCGCUUUUCUACAGCAGUUAUGUCAACUCUACGGAUGCGUGCGGCUUCUCAGAGGUAGAAAACCUUGUACGUCUCCAAGAAUGUUUAAGAGGACCAGCUUUGGAUUCGGUACGUAGUCGGCUUCUACUUCCAAAAGCUGUUCCUCAAGUGAUUGAGACCUUGCGUAUGUUAUACGGUCGGCCGGAACAGCUUAUCCAUACUCUGCUAUCCAAGGUCCGAAGAACAGAUGCACCAAGAGCUGAUCGACUAGAAACCUUCAUACCAUUCGGGAUGGCGGUACAAGAGCUAUGCGAUCAUCUGGAAGCAGCAGAGUUGCACGACCAUCUUGUGAAUCCGGUUCUGAUUCAAGAACUGGUCGAUAAACUUCCAGCGUCCACGAAGCGAGAAUGGGUUCAUCAUAAACGCAAUGCUGCAAACGUAAAUCUCCGCACAUUUUCUGAUUUUGCGUCGUCCAUCGUGUCCGAAGCCAGCGAAGUUACACUGAACGUCGAUUCACACUUCUCCACUAAAUUUGAAAAACCGAAACCGAAGGAUAAAGGAUUUAUUCAUGUUCACAGUGGACCGUCAACGAAUUUAUUUCCACUAAGUCCAUGUCGCAUCUGUAAAGCUUCGGGUCACCGUAUACGAAACUGUGAAGAAUUUCGCCGAUUGAAUCUUGCUGAGCGGGUUAAGCUGAUGGAACGCUGGAAGCUGUGUGAACGUUGCCUCAAUGAGCACACAGGAUGGUGCCGUUUCAAGAUUACGUGCAAUGUUGGUAAUUGUCGCUUAAAUCAUCACCCAUUGGUACAUAAAGAUACGACUCCCGUUCCGGUGGUACAACGAGCUACGACUCUGGCCACAGUUAAUGCAGGUCAUCUACACACGCAUCUCGAUGGGAAGCUACCCGUUAUUUUCAGAAUCGUUCCUAUCACAUUGCUUGGUGAGCGAAAAUCUAUCACUACGUUUGCUUACCUCGAUGAAGGCUCGUCAAUGACACUCGUUGAAGAGAGCAUCGUUCGCGAGCUGGGAGUACGAGGAGCGUAUCAGCCGUUGACUCUCCAGUGGACGGGCAAUAUUGUUCGACGGGAAGCUUCAUCUGAGUGUGUGUCAUUCAAAGUUGCUUCCGAUGCAGGAGAUCGAUUAGAUGUGAAAGAAGCACAUACGGUGAAAAAGUUACAUCUACCGAAGCAGCGAGUUAACUUCAAGGAGUUGUCCAAACAUUAUCCACAUUUGGAGGGUCUGUAUGCAGCCGACCAUACUGGAGAGGAACCGAAAAUCCUGAUCGGACUCAACAACGCCUUCUUGCUUGCUCCAUUGGAAUCCAGGGUUGGUAAUGCCAAUGAACCCAUUGCAGUUCGCUCUUGCUUAGGAUGGACGAUAUAUGGCCCUAGAGAUACUGUUUCGACAACUGGUUUUCUCGGUUUCCACAGUGGAUAUACUAACGAGGAUCUUCACCAAAUGAUGUGGGAGUAUUAUCUGAGUCAAGAGCCUCGAACCAUUGUAAGUAAGCUUCCGGAAUCUGCUGAGGACCGCAGAGCACGAGAACUCUUGGAGGCUACGACGAUUAAAAUCGGUGAUCGGUUCGAAACCGGUCUCCUUUGGCGAACAGACGACGUUAAAUUACCAGACAGUUACCCGAUGGCAAUCAAGCGGUUACAGGGACUCGAGCGGCGACUUCUGAAGAAUCCGGAAAUGUACGAUAAAGUGAAACAGAAAAUAAAGGAGUACCAAGUAAAAAAAUAUGCACAUAAAGUAACCCCGGUGGAACUUGCGACGUCUAAUCCGAAUAAAAUAUGGUACUUGCCUCUGAAUGUGGUUGUCAACCCAAGGAAACCACAAAAAAUAAGGUUGGUGCUUGACGCAGCGGCACAAGUAGACGGCGUAUCCCUAAACUCGAAGCUCCUCGCGGGCCCAGACUUCCUGACGCCCCUCCACACCGUUAUUCAACAGUUUCGCGAAAGACAGGUGGCGUACGGCGGAGAUAUUCGUGAAAUGUAUCACCAGUUCCGAAUGAGAGACACAGACAAACACGUUUUGCGUUUUUUGUUUCGGGCUCAUCCAAAGACUGAACCGGAAGUAUAUGUAAUGGACGUGGCCAUUUUUGGCUCAGCAUGCUCGCCUGCGUCCGCACAAUAUAUAAAAAAUCUCAACGCAUCCCACUACGCUGAUCAGUUCCCCGAGGCAGCAAGUGCAAUUAUCCACAAGCACUAUGUGGAUGAUUAUUUUGAUUGUGCGGAUACUGCUGAUGAAGCUAUUGAACGAGCGAAACAAGUGCGUUACAUUCAUAGCCAAGCUGGUUUAGAGAUACGCAAUUGGGUCUCAAACUCGACAGGUUUCCUUGAAGCAAUGGGUGAAUCAACUUCAGGAAGCAAGGUGUCGUUGAAUAACGGCAAAGAGGGUCCUAGUGAGCGUGUUUUAGGAAUUAUUUGGCUGCCCUCCGACGACGUGUUCACUUUCUCCACGACGAUGCGCGCAGACCUGAUGCAUUAUAUGUCAACCAACGAUCGUCCUACUAAACGGAUCAUACUCAGCUGCAUAAUGAGUCUUUUUGACCCAUUAGGUUUGCUAGCACCAUUUACCGUUCACGGGAAAGGUCUUCUUCAACAUACCUGGCGCUCUGGCUGCGAUUGGGAUGAGAAGGUGAACGAUGAGUGCUACGAAAAAUGGUCUCGUUUGCGAAAUGUAUUUCCCGUCAUCAACCAAGUGCUCAUACCCCGGUGUUAUCUGCGAAAUGCCCCAUCAAGCGCAUACAGUACGCUGGAAGCCCACGUGUUUAUGGAUGCGAGUCAGGAUUACUACGGGUGCGCUGUAUAUUUCCGAAUAACUCACCAAGGAAAUUCUCGAUGUUCGCUGGUGGCUGCGAAGACGAAAGUUGGUCCGUUGAAGCCAUUUUCCAUUCCACGAAUGGAGUUGCUAGCUGCAACAUUAGGAGUACAACUGUUGAAUUCAGUAUUAUCAAAUCACAACAUCAAACCUACGAAACGUGUUCUAUGGACUGACUCAUCAACAGUGCUGCAUUGGAUAGCCGCAGACCCGCGAAAAUUUAAACCGUUUGUCGCGUAUCGAGUCGGCGAAAUUCUGCAGGAAACAAGUAUAAACGAGUGGCGUUAUGUACGCAGCAAAUUAAAUAUUGCAGACAUCCUAACUAAAUGGAGCAAUCAUGCUUCACUAGAGCCCGAUGGUCCCUGGUUCUGUGGUCCGGAUUUCCUCCAACACUCGGAGGAAGAAUGGCCAUCUUACAACCGCCCUCCGCCAAGUCUCGUUUCAGAGCUCAGAGUUCUCAACAUGUUCCACACAAAGGUGGAUAAUAUCCUGUGGAUCGACGCUUCCAGAAUAUCCAAAUGGAACAUUUUAUUACGUUCGGUUUGCUGCGUGAUCCGAUUCAUUUCAAACUGUCGCCUGCGAAUUCAACGAAAACCUAUCGAAGUAUUGUACGUUCCAGAGAUGUCAAAACUUGUACGGCGUUCAGUUUGUUCGAUCAUCGUACCCCUAAAACAAGAAGAGUAUGAGAUUGCCGAACAAGUGCUCUGGAGGCAAGCACAACGAGAUUUUUAUGGAGAUGAAAUAAGUACCCUGUUGAAAAAUCGUCAAUUAGCCCGUGAACAGUGGAUACCGAUUGAAAAGUCAAGUAAGCUGAAAAAACUGUGUCCGUUUCUCGAUGAGCAUGAUGUUUUGCGCGUGGAUGGUCGAACCAGCAUGGCGGAAUUUGUUCCCUUUGAUACCAGGUUUCCCAUUAUAUUGCCGAGGGAUCACAUCAUCACAUAUCGAAUCGUCGAGUUCUACCAUCAGCGAUAUGGACACGCAAAUAAAGAAACGGUAUUCAACGAAGUUCGUCAGCGGUUUUCGAUUUCAAAGCUAAGAGCAUUGGUGGCAAAUGUCGCAAAAAGUUGCCCAUGGUGUAAAGUGCGCAAUUCUCGUCCACAUGUGCCAAGAAUGGCUCCGUUGCCAAUAGAACGUCUAACCCCAUAUGUUAGGCCGUUCAGUUACGUGGGGGUGGACUAUUUCGGUCCUAUUGAGGUCACUGUGGGUUAUCGUAGGAUCGAAAAACGGUGGAUUGCCCUAUUUACCUGCUUGAAUGUGCGUGCAGUUCACCUCGAAGUGGCUCACCGCUUGAAUACCGAAUCGUGUAUAAUGGCCAUUAGACGAUUUGUUGUGCGACGAGGACCUCCAAUAGUUAUCUUUUCUGAUAAUGGAACUAACUUUAAGGCUGCAAAUAAUGAGCUGCAGAAUCAGAUCCAACUUAUCGAUACUGCAUGUGCCAAUGUGUUCACCAACGCAAGAACGCGAUGGUGCUUCAAUCCGCCCUCCGCACCCCAUAUGGGGGGCGUAUGGGAGCGCAUGGUGCGCACAGUUAAAGAGGUAAUGAAGACGCUGCAUGAAAGACAUCGCCUUAACGACGAGAUACUGCUAACAGUUAUCGCUGAGACUGAAGAAAUCGUCAAUGCCAGACCGCUCAUCUAUCUUCCUCAGGACUCCGUGGAAUGUCAAGCCAUAACACCGAAUCAUUUUUUACGUGGUACUUCGUCAGGGCUCCAAGAUCCAGUGAUCGCACCAACUAGCGAAGCAGAAGCAUUGCGCAAUGCGUAUUUUCGCUCGCAACUGGUUUCGGAUGAGCUGUGGAAGCGUUGGCUGAAGGAAUAUCUGCCGUCGUUAAACGCGCGGACCAAAUGGAUGGAGGAGACUACCCCUUUAGCUCCUGGAGAUUUAGUUUUCAUCGUUGACGACUCUAACCGUAAUGGGUGGAUACGGGGAGAAAUACAGGAAGUAGUUGAAGGUCGUGACGGUCGCAUACGACAAGCCAAGGUGCGCACUGCGAAUGGGAUAUUUCGGCGACCAGUGAGCCGGUUGGCUCGAAUCGAAAUUAUGUCGGUUGGUAAAUCUUGCCCAAAUGAAGGUUCCGGACAAGGUUUACGGGUCGGGGAUUUGUUGAAACCGCUGGGCACAAAUUUAAAAUUGACACCCGAAAAUGUCAAAAAACCCGAACAAUAUAAAAACUGA